AUGGAUCAUUCUGCAGCCGUGGAGGAGAUCUCGGUCCGUGUGGCGGAUUUCCACCGUCGCCAGCUGCCAUUUCGUAUAUAUCAUGGGGCCACCAAUAGUACUCGUCCCUCCAACCGCAACCUAUCCAACACGGUCAGCACAGAAGCUCUUACCCAUGUGCUCGAAAUCAAUUCCUCCCGAUGUACAGCCAUAGUCGAACCCAAUGUCUGCAUGGACGCCCUUCUGGCUGCUACCACGGCCUAUGGCCUGGUCCCCUUGGUGGUUGUCGAGUUUCCCAACAUCUCAGUUGGGGGCGCCUUUUCGGGGACAUCCGGGGAGAGUAGCUCAUUUCGAGAGGGAUUUUUUGACCAUACAGUCAAUUGGAUUGAAAUAGUGCUGGCGGAUGGACAGGUCGUGAAGGCGUAUAACGACCGCGUGGAGACGGAAGCGGAUGUGGUGGACAAACGCUCCGACUUGUUCUGGGGGGCGGCAUCUUCCUUUGGGACUCUAGGAGUGGUCACUUUACUCGAAAUUCGAUUGAAAAACGCCCAGCCAUUGGUGGAAUUGAAAUACUAUGUCAAUUCCAACAUGAAGGAUGCUGUGCGCAUCUUUGAGGAGGUUGGCGCCGAUCCAACCACAGAAUAUCUGGACGGCAUCGUCUUUUCGCGGAAUAAAAUCGUCGUCUGUGCUGGACGACAGGUUGACCGAAAGGUCAAUGUGAAACCCCGAACAUUUGCUCGCCCGCGAGAUGAUUGGUUCUAUCUGCAUGUCGAACGGAUUGCUCAGUCUAAAAUCUCCGACCGAGAGCAUUCUUCUCACAUGCCAGAUGCAGUGGACUGGAUUCCUCUGAGCGACUAUCUCUUCCGCUAUGACCGGGGUGGCUUCUGGGUUGCCCGCUAUGCCUUUAACUAUUUCUGUGUUCCAUUCAUCUUCCUUACGCGUUGGCUUCUCAAUCGUUUCAUGCACACCCGGGUGAUGUAUCAUGCCCUACAUGUCAGCGGGCUUGCGCGUCGAUACAUUAUCCAAGAUGUUGGUGUACCCAUCUCCACAGCUGCUGAGUUUCUCGACUGGCUGGAUCGUCCUGAAAACUUUGGCCAAUAUCCGCUUUGGCUCUGUCCGCUACCACCAGGAAGUGCCGGUGGGCUGGAAGGACAGUCGGUAAACGAUGGCAAGGUAGUGGACGUGGAUACAAAGAAGACGCAACUCCUCAAUUUUGGAAUUUGGGGGCCUGCCGCUGCCACGCAUCCAGCUGGAUUUGUCGCUCAAAAUCGGCAGCUUGAACACAAGGUCCACAGCCUUGGGGGAAAGAAAUGGUUAUAUGCACAUACUUACUACACAGAGGACGAAUUCUGGGCUAUCUACAAUAAGCCGGGCUAUGAUUCUUUACGGGACAAGUACCAUGCGCAGCAUCUUCCAUCUUUGUAUGACAAGGUCCGGGUGCAUGAAUCCGAUCUUCCAGGCGCGCAUCGGGGAGAGUUCGAGAGCGGGUGGAAGGGAUCAGUCAAACGUGCCCUUUGGGAUGUGUGGCCAUUCUGUGGUCUUUACGGGGUUUACAAGGCUUGGAGAGGAGGAGACUAUCUCUUGCAGAAAGAAAUUCCCAAGCAGAAGGCUGAUUGA